AAUGCGUAGUGGAAACUCAUUCAGAUUAGUGUACUAGUUGAAGCAGAGCAGCCAUGUUGCUAACCUGUUCCACUGCUUUCUUGUUAGUCUUCAUUAUUCCCUCUACAUUUCCAUCUACACCUGCAAGCAUCGUUUCUGCUGAUGCGAGUCACCAUUUUGUUCCAGAGGCUGAUAUAGUGCAAGUGAAAUAUCCAAGGCACCCAGUAAGGAGAACAGAGGGACAGUCAUUGACUAUCAGAUGCAGAGCAGAGUAUAAGGAAGAAUCUUGUGGAAGCAUCUCAGUCAUGUGGUGUCUUUGGGCGACACAAGAUACCUGUAAGCCACUUACUGACCCAGACAGAUACUUAAUCAGUAUCAAUGAGACUAUAAUCAGCGGCAAAACUGUGUUCAGGCACCGAGAUGCUUUUGUUACAUUUGUACAGCUGAGUCUCAGUGACACCAGCUUGUAUCAGUGUAAUGCUGUAUGUCAGUCCACUAGAUCCACAGCUAUGGGACAUCUCAUCAACGUCACUGUAACAGGACAGGAUGCAACAACGAAGACAAUCUUCAAAGGCGACACUAAUAACGGUCUGAAUGCUCUUAACCAGAAUGAGCGAUGCAGUGUGGAUCUGUUUCUUCUGACAAUUAGCAUCUUCAUCCUUUUAUGGAUCCAUACACUGUGAUCACUUCAUUGUCUUGGUACAGCAAAUGAAGUAAAUAAUAAAACUUUAUUAUUAUAAUCAUACAUAUCAUUUCAGUGGCAUGUUCUCCUUUUUCCCUGCUAGUUAUGUUGCAUUGCUCAUGUUGCACUAAAGUGUGUAUUCUGUGGCGUAGGCGUAAUGUGUAACCAGUAGUCUUAAUCUUGAAAACUCAAGCCACAACGACCUGUAAGAAUCUUUCCGGCUCUCUGCACUUUUGUGUACAUCUGUGCACUGCUCAUGAGCUCAACAGGAAGCAGGGUACAUUUGAAAAGCUUGUAAGAGUCCAUAAUAUCUAGUUCAAAGGUUACUGGCAGGUUUGUUGUUCAAGUCAGAUUUUUAGUGAAGCCUCUAAGGCACAAAAAUAAAUGACCAGGUGUUUCCCUAUAACCAGGUUUUUAAAUAGCGCAGUUGUUCUAUUUCUUAUCAUGAGGGAACAAUAAUAUGUGGUUUAUGGCAAUUGCAAAAUCUCAAAUGGCCUCUUCCUGUGGUAAUCACUAAAGCUAUUUUCUCACUCUUCAUCACAUACAA